GAGAAUUAUUGUCGAAUCCAGCUGUGGCUUCCAUGUUGUGGAGAAAUUUGUGAUCGUUUCGGCCAUGUGUCGUGAGGUAGAUCGUCUGGUUUAGCAACAUGAUAGAGCUCCGGGAUGGAAUGUUGGAAUCCGUCUUUUUGUGUGUAUGUGUGUGUGUGUGAGUGGAGGAGUGAAGGGGAGAGACGAUGAAGGGGGUUCAACUUGAUGAAGAGUUCAAGCAUCCGCGGUACGAAUAUGUAUGUGAAUCGCAUCAGGAAGGUGGAUUGCCGCUCCUCCACACGUACAGGAUUCUUGUGAAGCAACGGAGUUAUGGUAUUGUUAGGAAGUUGUGCAACGCGCUGUCGAUUUGGACGAUUGGUUUGUUGUUCGCUAGUGCUGGGAAGGAGGCAGGCUUGCAUUGGGUUUUGGCGAUAGGUGUUUUGUUCUAUGUUCUGUGGCGGAGAGGUCAGGUGGAGCAGGAAGCUGUGGUGGUGAUGCCGACGUUGGGGGUACAGCUGGAGACUUUAUACCGCAGCAAGAAUGUUAAGCGGCGGUUUGUCCCGCUCCACCGCAUUCUGCGGCCUGUGAUCAACGAGGCGGUGACUCCGACGACAUGUUACACUUACUUGGCUUUGCUGCUUCGGGACGAUUCUCGACUGACUCUCACCUUUCUUCAUGUACGCCCGCCGUUGUCUAUGUUGGUUCCCAUAUGGACUGCUCUUUGCGCAGCUUUUGAUCAAUCCCGAAGGAGUCAAAGUUUGCUCCGAGAAAAAUGAAUAGGUAUGGAGUGCAUUAACACGGAAAAACCCAAUGCUUGCGUUCUUUUCAGCGAAACCCGGAAUUAAAUUGUAUCAUUUCAGAUUGACUCUGUACUUUAGACUUCUCCAAUUACAGUAGCUCAAAAUUGCAGGUUGUUUGGGAACAGCUUAGAACGCUCAAAUGGCAGAAUUUUAGUCAGGAGUUAGUAGGUGUGCUUGAUGCGGAAGAAGUGCAGCUUUUCUGUAAUUGUACCUGAAUCUAUUGCUACUUUGAGGUGUUGAGCAAAUUGCUUAUUUCCCUUCACCAAAAUUUCAAUCGAGUAUUUGAAUCCAUUCAAAGUC